AUGGUUCUCGAGACAUUGGAGAGCACGAGGCUUAGUACAGUUUCGCUUGGACGUGAGAGCGUGAGCUUUUCCCAAAAGAAGGACAAAAUGAAUGUCGCAAACUUCAUAGUUCGGGGCUGCAUACUGCCGGCUCACGACGCUCGUCUAUGCUUCUACGUUGGAAACCAGAAGCUUGGACACUGGAGAUGUCAAGUUUAUCCUGGCAAGCUUGCACGACUGGAGCUUGUGAAUAGCUCUCUCGAGCUCGCUCCUUCUGGAUCGAUGUUUUGCGUCAAGCAACCACUGGAUCCAGACAGUUACUUCCCGUGCAUGGUGUUCAAGGGAUUCGAUGAAUGGGGAAACUCCGUUAGGCAGGGAACUCGGAUGCGUCUCCAGCUAUCUGGCGUACACCUCUCACAGCAAGAAGUCGAAACUGAUGGAGCCGGCAUUGUUCGCUUGAGCGAACUCAGAGUCGCAAAGGAAUACAACUUGACAGGUUCCAUCGUCCUUUCUUCGGAGGACGACAUCGUAAUGUUCGAAAUAGUUUUCAAGGGCGCUAGUCGAACCUUGAAAUUUGCAUUUGAGCAACCAAAAAGAUCUUACAUUGGACGGGAAGUUACCGGACUCAACAUUCAUGUUGUGGACGAAGCUGGUAACGUCGACACAGCAAUAGGAGGCACAAUCUCAAUGAGCUGGGACAAAGACAUUUGCUAUGUCGUCAACAAGGGACAGUGUCAGCUAAGGGGACUCACUAUGCCAAAGACUCCUGGAUUGUGGGAAGGACGAGCAUGGCACUCGGACUAUCAACUUAUGAGCUUAGCUUUCGAGAUUCAAGUUGAACUGGCGGCUGCUUGUAAACUUGUUUGUGAAGCACAAGUAAUUGCCGGAGGCUGCGGGGAAGAAAUAGCUCUCAAGUUUGAAGCACGUGACGAGCUCAACCUUCCUGGAUUUCUGAGCAAUGAAAUCGUCGAACAGGACAACGUUUGUAACAGCGGCUACAAAGCCGAAGAAGUUUCUCUAGAGAUCAUCGUUCCAGACACUUGUGAAAGACUUGAGAAAGUGGCAUACGCGACGGAUGGUUUUGCUGCAUUUCAAAGCUUCUGGGUUGACAUGCCGCUGGGCGUCUACAACUUGGUGAUCAGAGCAUCUUCGAAGCAAGUCUCGGUCCCGUUGGAAGUCACUCCUGGAAACAAUCCAACGUUGCUACGGCUCCUCGGCGAGACUCCUCGUGAGCUCACACUGUCGGACAGGGAUGACGAGCAGCAAGUCGUGCCGGAAAUGUGGGUUCUGGUGGAAUGUGAAGACGGUCGCCCCCUACAGGCCUUGCAGCAGCUCACCGUCUCGGUCUGGGAUCCGCUCGGGAAGAACUGCUUGACAAAGUCUGGAGAGAGAGACGACGAAGCAUCUGUCUAUGUUUUCCAAGGCGUGGUGGUACCGGCGAGAGCUGGACCUUACGUCCUCAAGUUUGUGCUCGAAGGCAGCGACGAAGUGACCCCGAUCAAGUGGCAGCUUAACGUGGUACAUGGAAGGCCGUAUAGGCUCAAGUUUAACAUGGAGCAGGAAAAUACCGACGUGGUGGUGGUGGACGUCGUGGAUAUUCAUGACAACAGGUGCUUCGGUUGUCGAGAGAUCUCACUUCGUGGCACUCUCACGCUGCAGCGCGCUGCCAAGCCUGCGAUCUGCUGUGUGACCGCAAUAGAUGGGCAGGCUACUUUCAGUGAUCUCGAAAUCAUGCCAGAGUUGUUUACGUUCGAGGUAUGUGCUAUUGGAGCCGAGUUUAACGACGUCAAGAGUGCUACUUCUCGUUUGGCUGUUCUUCGAGGCAACUAUUCUCGCGAACAAGUGGAGAAGCACUUGUACCAGUACAUUGUAGAACAAUCCGAAACGAUGAUCAAAAGUAUUGGCUGUGGCCUGAAAGAAUGCCAUAAAGCUCUCAAAAAUCUUCCAAAUAAGCUGUAUGCGGCCCAAGAGUCAUUGGGUCGUAAUACAGAUUUGCUGAAGCAGGCUCAGGCAAGCUUGUUGAGUGUUUAUGAGCGUCGACGAGCUGCCAGCGAUGACGAGGUUUUGCUCCGUGAAAGAAAUGAAACUCAAAGAACGGAGGGCGACAUCUUAAACGAGCUCAAGACUUUGGUUCACAAGGAGAAUUCUCCGGCAUUGGCGCUGUACACGGCUCAAGAGAUGAAACCGAUAGGCUUUCCUUUGGAUGACAUUCUGGGGCCGAUUGUUCUUCUCGCUCGGGUUGAGAAGGAUGAAAUCAACAGAAGUUUAUCCACGUUUCUUGGAGCCAGAUCCCUCCUGCAAGUCGUGUGCAAGACUUACAAAGGCAUACGAUGGCUGAGAAGCUCUGAUGCAAACGUGGACAACUCCACGGCCUUUUUAGCGUUUGUUCGCAGCAACAAGCUCUGGAUUCCAGAGAACUUUCCAGUAUUUCGUAUCGACGCGAUUAAGCAAUACAAGCGUAAGGAUGGGAAUGCCGCGGUAGAUGCUCAACAUCCUCAGAAGCUCCUUAACAUUCCACCGCCUGUUCUAUCCAAUGGCGAAAUCCCGGCUGGUUUCUUGGGCUAUGGAGUCAACUUUCUCUACUUGAGACGCGAGCACUUGGAGCUGCGCCAGAGCUUGUUCUACCAUGUUUUCCGGAAGCUACAAGUCUACAACACGGAAGAAAACAUGCUAAAUGCGUGGAACGAGAUGAGUUUGUCGUGCCAAGCAGUAUCUCUCGACGGGGGAAGGUGUGACAAAGGCCAAGUUCUUAUUGGAUCACGGAGAACAUUCGAAGUUCCAAGAUUUGCAAGUGUGCCCUGCGAAGAACGCGAGCAAUGCUCAUUGGUUCCAGCAGCAGCCUCAGCUUUCACGAGGAACAAAGAAUUUAUUCAGUGUCAGGCCAAGGUGGAGGAGUUACAAGCAGCAGCCUUGAACGACGAGAAGGAGGUCCAAGAGCUGGAAAACAAGAGGCAGGAGCUUGAGAUGAUGAUCGAGAAGUGGCAAAAACGUAUUCCAUCGGAUGUCGACAGUGAUGAUUUCUGCAAACAAAUGCAAGCUUUGCAGGAGCAAGCUCCAGACGCUGGCAGCAAAGGAACAUUGCAUAUCUACCUGGAAGAAAUCUUUGAGGAGAGGAUGAUUUCUCACACUUCUCGCAAACAUAGACUCUUGUCAAUAUGAUAUAUUUUGGA